ACUAAACCACUAAUCAAAUACCGAAUACUAAAAUACCGCAUCUGCAACACGUGCGAGUUUAGCUGUCUCUCUAAAAAGUAAAUAAAUUACAUUUUAUAUACAAUUUGUACGCAGAAACAAAAUGCUAAGAAAUAAAAGGAAAGCGGGAAAGUUGGUGCGCGCACCUCAGAAAGCCGCUCGAAUAGAUUCCCAAGCAAAUGCACAUGCCGAGGAUCACAGCGACUUGGAGCACUCCGCUCCAAGUACCGACGAUGGUUUUGAUGAACCAAAGCCCACAAUCGCCAAGAAGGUACCACUGCCCACUGGCAUACCAAAGAAGAACAAGUUUAAGCAGAGGGACGAUACCAAGAAUGUAAAGCCGCCCACCUUGGAGGAAAUGAAGGAGCUGCGAGACACACAAAACCUCUUCCACUCCAAUCUCUUUAAGCUACAAGUUAAGGAAAUGCUGGAUGAGCUGCAGUUAAAGCAGAAAUACACAGAUUUCAUUGAAAAAUGGCUGGACUCCUUUACGGUCUUCACCCGACAGCUAAAGGAUGGGUUGAUGGAGCGGAGCCACCUGGAAAUUCCAAUGAAGCUUUCUCAAAAGCCGACCGGCUUUGUUUUCUCCAAGCCCACCAGGGAACCAUAUCUGAUCGGAGCCGCUGCCACAGGCACUUUGCUCGGUCCCAAAAUUGUAGUCGAUGUGGCUCUAGAGAUGCCAAAGGAAUCCCUGCACAAAGAAGAUUACCUAAACCUUCGCUAUGACCAGAAGCGAGCUUUGUAUCUUACAUAUGUGACGGAGAGGAUGAAGGAGUCGCGAGCUUAUGCACAGGAUCAGUUUAAUUUCAAUUACUAUGCUAACAACCCGCUUAAGCCGGUUUUGGAAUUGACCCCAGUAACUAAGCAAGUAAACAAGCAUCUGCAAGUGCGUUUGUUCAUCACUGCCCCAUUAAGCAGUUUUAAGGCAGGUAGAUUUGUUCCCUGGAACAACAAUAUUCGGCCUUCGUAUUACGGUGACGAAUGGGACGAGGAAGAGCCGCUGCCCUCCACCCAGCACUACAACGCCAACGUACUGUUCGAUCUAACCUUGUCCGAGAACCAGGCUCACUUGGAUAAGGCCUUUAAGGGCAGGCGUAAUUUUCAAGACGGCCUGCUGCUCCUUAAAGUAUGGCUGCGUCAGCGGCAACUUGACAUAGGUUACAGUGGUUUUGGGGCACACAUCCUGGCCGCUUUUAUUGUCUACCUAAAUACGCAGCGCAUUCUGCAUCAGUCAAGCAGCAGUUACCAAGUGGCGCGCACUGUAUGGAACCAACUGGCGAGCACAGAUUGGACGAAAGGCAUAAGCCUGGCCCUUGUUCCCAUUCAAACGGAAGAAUUAAACAAGUUUGCCGAGCAAUAUGACGUUUGCUUUAUAGACUUUACUGGCCAGCAUAAUCUAUGUGCAAAUAUUCCACUGUACCUGUACCAGAGAGUUCGGGAGGAGGCCAAGCUAGCGGUGGAACUGCUGAACGACAUGAAGCUGAACAGUUUCCCGCUCAUCUUUAUGCAAAAAUGUCCACUGUACAGCAGGGUGGAUAACAUCUUAAAGAUUUCCAAUUAUUCGUGUAUAAAUCAGAUGCUUACACUGCAUUCCCAGCCUCGAUUUAAAUAUGAUUUUGCUAAAUAUGGUUACCCGCAGCUGCUACAAUUAUUGACUGAGCUCCUUAAAAAGGGACUGGCUGAACGUGUCCACUCAAUAUUACCCCUCGAAACUGCGACACCCGCCUGGCCUGUGGAAAACAAAGCUCCCGUUAUUGGGAACUAUAUUCAACUAGGCCUAAUACUUAAGCCAGAGCACGCCUACGAGGUGUUAAACAAAGGACCUGCUGCCAACGACGAUCCCGAGGGAGCUGAGGAGUUCCGACGGUUCUGGGGAGAGAAGUCAAACCUACGUCGGUUUCAGGAUGGUAGCAUCACCGAAGCUGUGGUUUGGGGCAGCGCCCAGGACUCACCCGCCAAAAAGCGACUAAUUGUUCGCCAGAUUGUGCUGCAUCUACUGGAGCAUCAGCUACAACUGGACAGCAAGGAAGUGCAAUACAUUGCCGGCGAGUUGGACCAAGUCUACCGGCUGUCUCCUUGGUUUAAGGUCAAUAAGCUAAAGACCAAGCUGUCAUUGGAUCAAGAUACCGACGCAGAGGCACUUAGUCCGCACGCCAUCCGCUGCUAUGAUGAGUUGGCUCGGCAACUACACGGGCUGAAUGAUCUUCCUCUAGAGAUUGUCUCCAUAUCAGGCGUCUCGCCCGUUUUCCGCUACUGCGAGCCGCAGCCCGUGCUCCCACAGGCGGUUCUGGUAGAAAACCGCAUUCUGACAAGCACCAUUCAGCGUGUGGUAAUCCAGCUAGGGCAAAGCGGCAAGUGGCCCAAUGAACUUUCGGCACUGCGGGCUCUUAAAACGGCCUUCCUCAUCGAAAUUGGCGAGAAGUUGGAGGCGCAGUGCCGUCUUCAUUGGGUGAUGUCCGCCGACGGUCUUCUCGUGCUCAAGCAAGGUUACUGCUUUCUUAUAGAGCUGGCACACAACAAGGAGCUCGCGUUACUUAAGCAAGAGGUUACUGAGCGUGGUAUAACUACAUAUAUCGACAAUGCAGCCAGUCGUUCUUUAGAGUGCCAACAUUAUAUUCUACCCAAAGUGAGCGGGGCUCUACAUUCGCUUCAUCAAACUUACAGCGCAUUUGGUUCCACUGUGCUGUUGGCCAAGCGCUGGUUGGCCACACAAUUGCUGGACGAUGGGCUAUGGCCCGACAUGGCUACUGAGCUACUGGUGGCGCAUCUCUUCCAGCAGCGGUAUGCACCACAGUCCAUAGAGGCGCCUCAAACUGGAUUCAUACGCUUCCUGCAGCUGCUUGCCUUUAGCGAUUUUCAUGGAGAGCUCUUCCUGCUAAAUUUCAACAAUAGUUGGCAGGAACAACAAAUUGCUGACCUGGAGCACAACUACCGCAGCAACCGCCAGAGUUAUCCUCCUUUGGCUGUUGCCACCGCGUACGAUAUGCAGCAUGCCGGUCGAUUGUGGACCUCGGAUAAAUCCCCCAGCCAAAGGGUGCUAGGACAUGUGACACGACUGGCCCGCCAUGCGCUCGAGAUGAUCGAAACCAGCCUGAUGUCGAAAGAUCUGAGGUUUGUGCGGCCGGCCCAAUUAUUUCGAGCUUCCAACGAGGGCUACGAUCUGGUUAUACAAUUCAAGCCAGAUCUGGUGCCGAAUUCCUUAAGCUACGAUCUGGGGUCACCAUUCGUUUCAUUUAGCCAGCCAAACUUUAACUUGCCCCGCGCGGGAUCAGGUGACGUUGCACGAAUUGUGGGACUACUAAGAUCUGCAUACUCCGACUUUGCUGCUUUCUUUUACAAUCCGCACGGAGGCAAGGAACUGGCCAUUGUAUGGCGGCCACCAACAGAAUUCGCUGCAAAGCCAUUUAAAGUCACAGAGCUGCAGGCAUGCAGUCCUUUGGGUAAUGGAAGGGUUCAAGUUCUCAGGGAAACGCUGGUCGAGGACUUCAAACUGUUACUGAAAGAUUUCUACCUGCGCAUUGCCACACCAGAAGAGCUUAAGCGGGAACAGCGCGAGCAUCAGAAGCCCAAGCGUUACUUUGAUGCCAACCAGACAGAGGAGAAGUCCACUCCAAAGCCGAAGGUACGAAAGGCCAUCGAGAAAGAGGCACCACCCAAAAAAAAACGUCUCAUAAAAAGCUCGGCCCUUAAGGCCUUGAAAUAGAUCUAGAAAUAGCUACACUGUUAUUAGGUUAAACAAUUACUAAAGUCAAAUAUUAUAAACAAAA